AUGACAAGAAGAUAUUGGAACAUUAACUUGGAAGAGAUGCUGGAGGCAGGAGUUCAUUUUGGCCAUGGUACUAGGAAAUGGAAUCCUAAAAUGGCACCUUAUAUCUCGGCAAAACGUAAAGGUAUUCAUAUUACAAAUCUUACUAGAACUGCUCGUUUUUUAUCUGAAGCCUGCGAUUUGGUUUUUGAUGCAGCAAGUAGAGGAAAACAAUUCUUGAUUGUUGGUACCAAAAAUAAGGCAGCUGAUUCAGUAGCACGGGCUGCAAUAAGGGCCCGGUGUCAUUGUGUUAAUAAAAAAUGGCUCGGCGGGAUGUUAACAAAUUGGUCGACUACAGAAACGAGACUUCAUAAGUUCAGGGACUUAAGAAUGGAACAAAAAAUGGGAAGACUCAACUAUUUGCCGAAAAGAGAUGCGGCUGUGGUGAAAAGACAAUUAUCUCGCUUGCAAACAUAUCUGGGCGGGAUUAAAUAUAUGGCGGGGUUACCCGAUAUUGUAAUUAUCGUUGAUCAGCAUGAAGAAUAUACGGCCCUGCGAGAGUGCCUCACUUUGGGAAUUCCAACAAUUUGUUUAAUCGAUACAAAUUGUGAUCCCGAUCUUGCAGAUAUUUCGAUUCCCGCGAAUGAUGACGCUAUAUCUUCAAUCCGCUUAAUUCUUAACAAAUUAGUAUUCGCAAUUUGUGAGGGCCGUUCUAGCUAUAUAAGAAAUCCUUAA